UCCGUCUGUCUGUGUGUCUGCGACGAGACCUUGGGACGGGACGGGCUGGGCUGGGCUUGCUUCCUGUUUUUCUGCUGCUGCUGCUGCUGCUCCUCCACCUCCCCACCCUCCACCUCGUGCUUCACUGCCCUCACUCCCUCCCUCCAUCUCUGGGGCUGGCCGGGGCUUUUCCUUGCCCCCUCUUCCUGUGCUGCUUGCCUUGCCUGCCUCAUCGGCCGAGUGGGUUCAAAUUCGCUACACUGUCCGGCUCGUCAUUCUCAGUCUCACUCCCGCAGCAUUAGAUUUUCCGAUCGCUCGCACCGCCUGCCCUCCCCCCGCCUUCUCUCGCUCUCCCCUCCCCUCAGUCUGUGAACCCGUGGCAAUCAAUCUGUCAAUCAGUCAAGCAAGCAAGCAGGAAAUCAAUCAAUCAAUCCACCUCUUCCCAGUGCCUAUUUAUCGACUGUGGCUGUCACCAUCCAUCAUCGCUCUUUCUGUCCGGCCGUGUGUGUGUGUGUCUGUCCGUCUUUACAUCUUGCCGCAAGAGGUCACGCCAGGAGAACGACGACGCUGGCAGCAGCUGCGAAGGCCUGUUUCUUAGUUGGGCCCGUAACCGCAGCGGCUGCACGUCGGCCGAGUUGGUCUCGGGAGGUUUUUCUUUUCUUGGCUGGAAGUUGGACGAGAGAGAGCGAACAGCGGAGUCUCUUACUGCGAUUGCUGCCGCGUCUGCUCGCGGUCGCUCGCGAGGGCGGAGGGAAGUGAGCCGAAGCGCAAGUUGGCUGGAAAUCGCGCGCUCGCAGCAGGUUCACAGGAGGAGGAGGUGGACGAGGAGGAGGAGGAGGAGGUCGAGAAAAUCUCUACCUAGGGAAGCAGCCGCAGUCAGUUGUUAUCGAUAGAGUGCGUGUCGACCAGCUCGCAGAUAGAGCGCCAAAUCGUCACGGACUGAGAUCCAGGAGGCAGUGGCGUGGGGUGGUUUGAGGAGUUGGCCCGGGGCACCUCGCCUGGCGUUUCCGGUCCUUGAGUUCCGAAGCGUUUGCCUGCAGAACUUCGCGGACUGUCGCUCUCUCGUGCGGCGCAGGCGGUGAUUGCGGGCGGCGCCUUGUGUUUCUUGCCGGACUUGUUUCGCUCCCGACUGGACCUGACGCUAGACAGUCACCGCGCAGCUCGAGCUUGGAGCUGCCCCGGGAACGAGAUUGCGCCACCUGCCCCACCGAAACUCUCGCCUCAGUUCAUAGCUUCUUGUUGUCCGAGACGGGUUGGCUCGGGCGAUAGAGACACCGUCGUUCACACUAAGCAUAGUAAGCUCGUCGAGUGAUAGUCUCGACCGACCGCUUCUGGACUCCAGCAGCGGCAGCGGCAGCAUCGCGUCAACACAAGCAGCAGCAGACGAAGUAUAAGAAGGCACAUCCCGAUAAUCCCAGCUCACAUCUUUUUCAUCCCGCUGGGCAAAGACCCUGGGAACGCAGCAGCAGCGGCAGAGAUUCCAGGCGCCGAGGACUGGAUAGAAUGGGAAUGAGAAGCGCACUUCUGCUCGAAGGUGUCUCGCACGGCGCUGCCCUCGAGUGCUGACGGUCAUGCUCCCUUCGCUGCUGCUCGCGCCCACGGAUGCGCCUUGGUUUGGGAAUAACUCCAAUAACAUCAACAGCAAUUGGGCGGCUGGUCUCAAGGGUGGAGAUUUGCGUGGUUGUGAAGUAGACGGGAUAGGCGACACUAGUAACACGCUCUUCGUCGAGGCCAAGUCGGAGCUUCUGUCAUUCGGCUCAGCUGAGCUCAGCUGUAGCAGCCUCAGCGAUGGCACCAGCUCGGGUAAGCGUGCCAAGCGAGGCGCUCUAGCACAGGAAACAGGAGGCGGAGCGGUAAACAGCCCGCACAGCAACGGGGUCGGUCUGUCGGCCAUGACACUUUCAAAUCUUACCUCCGCUUCGGGGGAGGCCAGCGUCUCCUCGGGGACUCGCGGCGAUGCCAGCACGGUGCCUCCCUCGGGAGGACAGACGAACAACCCUGCGACCCCCGCCACUCCCACCACCACCACCAACACUACUGCCAGUGGACAGCCCGGUGUCAAGCGGAAGCGCAAUCUCCCUGGCACUCCUGACCCCGAUGCGGAGGUCAUAGCACUGUCGCCCAAGACUCUAAUGGCGACGAACAGGUUCGUUUGUGAGAUAUGCAACAAGGGAUUCCAACGGGACCAGAACCUGCAGCUUCACAGACGAGGGCACAAUCUUCCGUGGAAGCUCAGACAACGGACCAGCAAGGAGAUUCGCAAGCGAGUCUACAUCUGCCCCGAGCCCACCUGCGUCCACCACGAGCCUUCUCGAGCGCUCGGGGACCUGACGGGUAUAAAGAAGCACUUUUGCCGCAAGCACGGUGAGAAGAAGUGGAAAUGCGAUAAGUGUUCGAAACGAUACGCCGUGCAAUCUGAUUGGAAAGCCCAUUCCAAGACUUGCGGUACUAGAGAGUAUCGAUGUGAUUGUGGCACGCUGUUUUCUAGGCGGGACAGCUUCAUCACGCAUCGAGCAUUCUGCGAUGCCCUCGCGGAGGAGAGUGCGAGAGUUAGCGCUGGCAAGCCCGGGCAAGGCCCCGGCGACCACAGCAUGGGCGCAGGUCCGUCCGCAGGUGGAAUGUCGGUGAUGGGGGCUCCGCAGAGCCCCCGCAGCCAGGGCGUGGUGCGCAUGGGCGGGGGCCAAAUGGACCCGCUCUCGGCAAACACUCCGCCGAGGCCUGGCAUGGCUGGGAAUUUCCCGGGGAUGGGGAUGGGCGAGGGCAGUCUGCCGAUUCCCGCAGGACGAUGGGGGCAGCCAGGCCCCGGCGCCGGGCCGACGACGCCAGGCACCGGGACGCGGCUCUCGCUGUGGUCGGGCCCUGGCCCUGGCCCUCCGGGGCUCAUGGGCGGCCCGCAGCUGCAGCUCGGAGGCAAUUCUCAGAUGAAUCCCAUGGACGCGAAUUCGCCAUUUCUCAUGCAACCGCCGAAGGGCAUGCACGGGUCGGGGAUGUCGAGCAUGAUGGGCGGGUCGGACUUCGACAUUCCGCAGGCGCCUCGCCCUUCGGGAGGCGGGAUGAUGCAGAUGCCUCCUCCCGGCCCCGGCAGCAUCUUCGCCAAUCUGUUCGCUUCCGGCAACGGGCUGGCAGGCAUGCAGCAGUCCGGCCCGGGCCAAAGCGGCGGGAACAUGCAAAUGGGCAACAUGUCGGGAGGAUUCUCAGACUUUACAGGUGGUGCUCCAACCCGGCUCGAACGGGGUGGUUCAGGUGCUGCAGGACUCACACUCUCAUCUUCGGCAGGAAUGACCUCGAGCUCAUCUUCUGCCAACAACAAUGGUGCAGGUACGGUUCCUUCGGUGUCGUCAAUUUUGAACCAACAGCAACAGCAACACACGUCGACAUCUCAAAUGUCGGCCACUGCUCUUCUACAAAAGGCUGCCCAGAUGGGUGCGACCGCUAGCAAUUCGUCGUUGCUACGAGGCUUUGGAAUGGGAGGAGGACCAGGAGGACAAGGAGGCAGCGGGCAAGGGGGCCAGGGCGGAGGGACCGACAACAACAACUCGAUUCCCAUCGGUGCCCUCUGGCAAGGGCCCAAUCGGCAGGACCAGGGCAGGGCCGGCUCCCUCCCUCCGAUUUCGAGCGGCAUGGGAGGUCUUUCGCACCCCAUGCUCCGCAGACCGGGAGAUCCUUCUCCGGGGUCCCAAGGCAUGGGCAGCUCGCUGCCGCCUCCGACCUUCGGCGGUGGCCAGGGUCGCUCGAACGAGCACCAGGAGUUCAUAAAUUCUUUGACUCAAUUCAGCGGAGGAAUGGGCAACUUGCCACCGAUGUACCCGAGCUCUCUCGGAAACUCUGGAAAUAUGGGGGGCAUGAUGCCCCCGACGAGUCCCAUGCAACAUCGAAUGCAAGGAGGCAACGACAACAUUGGCGCCCAGCAGCAGCAGCAGCAGCAACAACAAAAUCAACAGCAGCAACAGCAGCAGCAGCAGCAGCAGCAACACCAACAGCAGCAGCAACAACAGCAGCAGCAGCAGCACACUCUCCACGGAGGCUCGCAGCCUGGAGGAAUGCCGCAAUCCAUGAUGCCCGGGUUGCCCAAAACCGAGGACGGUGGAGACAGGUUCACCCGAGACUUCUUGGGUGUAGGAGCGACGACUACCAACAUGCCUGGACGAGCAAUCUCUCAAAGGGAGCUCGCCGGUAUUGCACCUCUGGGCCCCGGCGUGGACAUGAGUUUCAACAAUCAGCAAAGGUCAGUGGGGCCGAGCGGUCAGCCAUCUCCGGGCAAGUCGUGGGACGGGUCUUGAAUCAUCGAUCGGCUGGUCCUUUCCCACGCGAACGAACGCAAUGUGUCCCACAGUUCCGAGUAGAGGCCGUUCAAAAUCCUUGAUGGCAGAUGCAAUUUUGGCUACGUACAACGAUCUUCUCUGAGGCUAAUUCUUGCUAGUUGACGAUGGUAUUCACUGCCACGGCAAUCAUUGCCUCGGCUUUGUAUAGUCCCCUCCGAAAGACUAUUAAUUUAGUUGUUGGUCUUGUCAUCAAGAAAUCAAUUUAAUGGGCUGGCUGAUGAUUAUACAUUUUUCUUUUUUUUACUUUGUAAACUAAGUAGCCAGUGUGGGAGUGGGUGAAGCGAUUUUUUGGGCCUUGGAUGAGGUAAGAUUCUAGGGCAGCUUUGUUGAGCUUGUUUCAUUGUUUCUACCAGAUGAAUACUAUCCUGUGUAUCAAU